AGUCUGUCCCCGACUCCUUCGCCACGCUAGGAGGGACUUGAGUCCGUACUGGGCACUCCCUCUGCACGCCUGCCCAUUCCUAAUUUCGUCUUGCAGCGGUUGAGCGAGGCACCGGCAACGCCUGUCGGGAGUCACGCGUUGACGCCUGUGUAACGCUUCUUUUCGGGGUUUUUAAUGGGGAGACGGCUUAGAGGGGUGUAGGGGUUUCGGGGAAAGCGCAAACGGUGCAGCCCCUCCCUCUUUUUGUUUGUCUUUUUGUUUUUGGUCGACGCUUCUGUCAGCACACGCGGAGACACACACGUACAUACGCACGUAGCUAAACUAGCUGCUGCAAAAAGCAGAAGACAAACAACUGAAACUGCGCACCGUGAUGAAGAAGGCACGAUAUCUUGUUAGUCAAAAGAAGCUGCGGACGGUGGACAAGGAUGUUCCGCGCGGCGGGAUUGAUCUAGACCUGACGGAGAUCCACCCUGGCAUCGUGUGCAUGGGCUAUCCCGCAAACGGCGUGGAGGCGCUCUACCGCAACAAGUAUGAGGACGUCCUGCGGUAUCUGGACUACAAGUACAAGACGGAGUACAUGGUGUACAAUCUCUGUCGGGAGUGUGCCUACCAGUACGGCUCAGACAAAUUCCACGGACGGGUGCGAUGUUUUCCGUUUUUCGAUCACGCGGCGGCACCACUGCAACUGAUGCCCGCCUUUGUGAAGGACGUGAAGGAAUACUUAGCCGAGCACCCACACGGAGCUGCGGUGAUUCAUUGCAAAGCCGGCAAAGGUCGUACCGGCGUGAUGGCAUGCUGCCUCCUUCUCGCGCUCGACCCCGCGUUUCUGCAAUCUGCUGACACAGUUAUGCGGUACUACGGAGAGAAGCGCACCAAGGACGGGAAUGGACUGACGGUGCCCAGCCAGCGGCGCUCGGUGGAAUACUACGCACGUCUGCUGGCGGAUUACAACGGCGAGGUCCCUGCGACGCUGCCGACGAUUGCGAUCACGCGCAUUAGAUUUGUAGCGAUGCCCAAGAAAUGGUCGCUGCACACACUGACACUGCUGGUGAACAACAAGGAAGUGCCGCACUACGCCGCUAACGUGCGGGAGUCGAGCAAAGGUCUCCACGUGGAUCGCACGUACACCAUCACGGAGAACGGGGUGGAAUGCGGCGUGCUGACGUUGAUGUGCGAGGGCGAGCGGCGGCUGCGGCAGCUCAGCGGCGAUCUGCGUUUUGAGUUCUACGGCUCCAACAACUCGCUCAUCGGUGUGCUGUCCAUCAACACUCUUUUUAUGGAGAAGACGUACAGCGGCAGAGAGGUGGAUAAGCUGUCGAAGAAGUGCAGCGACAAGUGCUGCAUCGAAUUUGACUUCACUUUUUCACAGGAAUAA